AUGCAUUCGUGGGAGGCCUUCGGUGCUGGCCUGGCCGUCGUGGCCUCCAUCGUCUCGAAUUUAGGCGUAAACAUCCAGAAAUAUUCGCACUUAAGCGAGGCCCUCCGACCCACGGCCGCGCGUCGACCUUACAUUCGCUGCCCUGUGUGGUGGUCGGGCCUCGCGCUCGUCGUGCUCGGAAGCUUGGGCGACUUUGCAGCCUUUGGCUUUGCCACCCAGUCACUCGUGGCGGCUUUGGGAGGGGGUGCGACACUCGUGGCCAAUGUGGUAACUGCUCAGCGUCUCAAUGGAGAAAGACUGGAUCAGACAGAUGUUGGCGGCGUGCUGUUUGUGAUCGCUGGAGUGGUAAUCAUUGCGUGUAUCGCGGAACCAAAUGUCGAGUACCCGCUGCCAGAGCUCGAGUUGAGGUUCGUCAGAACGCCUUUCGUGGUGUACAUCACUUGCGUUGGCGUGUGUGCCGUGAGUAUGUUGGCGACGAUCAAAGGCUCAGUAGCGAAUAGACUCAAAAACCAGGUGGACUGGUCGAACAAACGCCAAAAGAAGCUCCUGAAGCAAUUUGACCUCCGAGUCCAGAGACUUGAGCAGCGGCUGCUGGAUAUGGAAGUGAAGCUGCUGCAAGUCAGUACGUCGGCUUCCGUGCUCCCAGUUGGUCUUGUGGAUCCUCCUGCCAUGAGCACGGACCUGCGCGAGCUGAUUGAUUCUACCAGUGCGGAGGAUGCGGAUGUAAAUGGUGAAGCUGUGGUUGGAAAAUCUACGUCCAGGGUUCCCUACUACUAUGCUGUAUGCUCAGGUAUCGUGGGUGCGAUGACAGUGCUACUAGCCAAGUGCUCCGCCAUUACGAUCGCCCUCACUCUCAAGGGUGACAACCAGUUCAAGUAUGGCCUGACGUAUAUUUUCUUGGGUGGCAUGUUCGUGUGCAUCCUCGUGCAGACGCAUUUUCUCAACAUGGCUACAUCAUCAGGAGACAUCAUGACCGUGUUCCCAAUAUUCCAAGCUUGUUGGAUCACCUUUAGUGUUGUUGGCGGUGCAGUCUUUUACCAGAAUGACAACGAGCCGAUAUCAACGACAGACAAGGUGUUUUACCCGGUGGCAUUGCUUGCUAUUGCACUAGGCGUCGGGUUGCUGGUGCAACGCAGCUCUUCUUCUGUGGAAGCUGAGGCCGGAAGGAGUUGUAUUGGUAACGGUCGGAUGAAGUUGAGUACAAGUGACGAUGAUCGAGACUUGUUGCUGAGUGCAGACGCUUCUGUUUAUUCACCGCUGCUUCUAGCAGGCGCUCAUGAAGAUGACGGACCUCACCAAAGCGUUUAG